UUUUAUAACUAUAGUAUAGGAUAGGAGUGAUGGAGUCUCAAAUUUUAUUCUUUGCUUCUGUUCUUGGACUUGUUUCAGGCAGUAUCUUCACUAUUGAACCAGAGACACAAUAUGUAUAUGUCAAUGAUACUGUGACAUUUGAAUGUGCUACUAACUUGACUGGAAAUAAUAUUUAUUUCCUCUCUAAAGGAGUUCAGCCAUCUUCACAAUCUAUUGUAGCAUUACCUAAUGGGGGAAUGAUGAUAUCAUUUAAUCUAACAGCAUCAAAUGAAUCAAAUGGAACUGAUGCUACUUGCUAUACACUGUUUAAUGGACAUUCCACUGAAACUGCUUAUGUUUAUGUUCAAGGUCCACCUGAUAGUGUCAGUAAUUUAACAGGAUAUCAGUUAGAUUCUUGUUGUAUGUUUAUCAGUUGGCAUCCUCCAUUCACACUACCAGGACUAACAGUACAGUAUAUAAUCAGUGUAGGAACUGAUCAACAGUACCUUAAUGACUCUAUCACUAACUACACUUACUGUCCAAUGAACCCAACCAAUGAACAAUAUCUGUUUAACAUUACAACUACUAAUAAAGUUGGGAAUGGAUCUACUAGUAAUACAACUGUUGGAUUUCAAUCAAAUUCACAGAUUUCAAUCAUUCAUCAAGAUUCUUAUACAUAUCGUGUGAACAAUUAUUGGUACCUUCGUUUCCUUUUAUCAGCUCAUCAGUUGUGUACUGGAGUGCCACUUACUAAUAUUACAUUAUGUACUGUUAAUAAUAAUUCUUGUUAUUCAUCAACAAAUAUAACCAUUAAUCAUAGUGCUUACAAUAACAUUUCACUUGUUGCUAUUAUAAAUCUUCCAUUGAGAGAGAUACUGAAUACUAAUGUUAUUAUAUUCUAUCAAAAUGGAGUAGAGUUUGAAAGCAACACUAUAACAAUCAGUACUUAUCAUCUAAAACAGUUAAACUUGAUUAAUACUACUAAUAGCAGAGUAUGUCUUCAAUUUCAGUUUGUUAAUGGCAGUACAACUAAUAUUAUUUAUAUUCACAUCACUAAUUAUGAAGAGCCAGUUCAACCAGUGUAUUACAAUAUAUCUCGUAAUGAUCAGUUGAACUUUAUUCAGUGUAUUACUAACAUACCAGCUGGUAAUAACUUAACACUGUAUGCAUGUGAAUCAAUGGAGGACUGUACUACUAAUCCUGCUGCUGUAAUAACUGGUAUUAAUAUCUCAUCUAUUUCUUCAACAAUUGUUCCUAUAAUUGUCAUCUCGGUAAUAGUUGUCUAUAGGAGGAGGAGGCAUAAAGAACCAGUAGUCAAUAGCUACCCUUCUGUUGAGCCAAAUGUGGUUCCGCUAAACUACAUUGACAUUGAAGUUGAUCCUAAUGCCCCAGCUGUUCCACCACCAUUUGAUUCAAACCCAGCCUCUUACUCAGAAAUAAAACUUGAGGUGUACAAUAAAGUGUCACAUGAUGUUAGACAGGCUGAUCUCUCAACACAUGGGAAUGUUGAGACCAAUGGGAUGUACUCCAGACUUAACUCAGAAGGAGGAGGUGCUCCUGUUUAUGACAAAUGUCAGCGCAAUGAUACAAUACGAAAGCCUGGGCAACUAGGAGAUACUGACAACUAUUCCAAAUUAAAUGUGGGACAACAGGCCUCAUCUUUUAAUGGAACUUCUAUUCCUUGUCAAUAUUCUGUAGUUACAAUGGAAAGCAGUGAUGCUCCUCUUAUUCAAAAAGAUUUAACACAUAAAGACCUGUCUAUUUAUGUCAUUCCUUAUCUCACUGAAAAGUGGCGUGAAGUGGGACUGGCAUUAGCACUGACUCCUCCCCAGCUUGACGAUAUAGAGGAGAACAAUCAAGGAAUAAGUGAUGUGUUUCAAUUGUGGGAGGACCUUGCUACACGUCCAUUCACAUGGGAGACUUUAUUGAAUGCACUCAGAUCCCCCAUCAUUAAUGAAGCCAGACUUGCGAAUGAGCUUUUAAAAUUGUGAUAGCCUCUAAAAUAAAUUAACCUCUUAAUUUUUAAAUUAUAAAUUUUGCUGUGUGUAAAGAAUCAGUUUAUUCUUGUUAGUUUUAAUUUUCAUAUUAACUGAUAAUCAGUUUCCUAUUAUCACGUUUUCACUUUCAUGUUUCACUGAAAGAGAUGCACCUGCUCUAGCACAAACAUUUUGCAAUGUGCAUACACAUGUAUUACUUAUUUAUGUUUAAUGAAUAAGGACUUUGUACUUUUA